UUCAGUAUGGAAAUGGAUCUCAAAGCCUACAGCAACAGGACGCUUGCCAAGGAGAACAGCUCUGCCCUUUCAAUGGACUCAGGUUUUCCUACCUGGGAAGACUAUAAGAACAGUGUAGAUGACAUACAGUACUUUCUGAUUGGGGUUUACACCCUGAUAAGUCUUGCUGGCUUCAUGGGAAACCUGCUGAUUGUUGUAGCAUUAAUGAAAUGCAAGCAAAAAACUAUAAUAAACUUUCUCAUUGGAAACUUAGCCUUUUCUGACAUUUUGGUGGUUGUCUUUUGCUCUCCUUUUACCCUGACAUCUGUCCUGCUUGAUCAGUGGAUGUUCGGAAAGGUCAUGUGUCACGUCAUACCCUUCCUCCAGUGUGUCUCUGUCCUAGUUUCUACUUGGAUGUUAAUUUCGAUCGCUGUGGUCAGAUACUUAAUGAUACGGCACCCUCUUUCAAGCAAUCUGACGCCAAAACAUGGCUGUUACCUCAUUUUGGCCAUCUGGUUUCUCGGUCUAGUCAUUUGCUCCCCUCUGCUUGUUUUCCACAAGACUGUUGAUCUUCAUGAAGCCCUUCAUCUGGAAGCCCUGCGAAGCAAGCACUUGUGUGUCGAGUCAUGGCCAUCUGCUUCAUACAGAAUUGCUUUCACUAUCUCCUUAUUACUCAUGCAGUACAUUUUGCCUUUGGUUUGUUUAACUGUAAGCCACACCAGAGUCUGCAGAUCUGUAAGUUCCAGAUUGUCAAGAAAAGAAAACAAAUUGGAAGAGAAUGAGAUGAUCAACUUAACCCUCAAUGUACCCAAGAACAGUGGGGACCAGCUGCAGCUCUCUACCUCUGAGAGGUGGAGUUAUACUUUUGUCAGGAAACACCGGAGGAGGUACAGUAAGAAAACAGCUAGUGUGAUGCCCGCAAUUUUAAGGCACCAUCAGGACAAUAUUUGUAGUGAUUCUGGAACAGAAAGGAGUCAGCUUUCUUCAUCCACCAAAUUCAUACCAGGAGUACCCAUCUGCUUUGAAGUAAAACGGGAGAAUUCAGAAGCACAGGAUGGGAUCACAGCAGCUCAACCCACCACUCGGAUUAAGAAGAGGUCUCGGAAGGUUUUCUGCCGACUGACAGUGCUGAUCUUAGUAUUUGCAGUCAGUUGGAUGCCCCUUCACAUUUUCCAUGUUGUAACAGAUUUUAACGGCAACCUCAUCUCAAACAGGCACUUUAAAUUGGUGUACUGUAUUUGUCAUUUGCUGGGUAUGGUGUCCUGUUCUUUAAAUCCCAUUUUAUAUGGGUUCCUUAACAAUGGCAUAAAAGCUGAUUUGAUGGCUCUUAUUCCAUGUCUACAGAUAUCAUGA